CCUCCUCACCUCUUCCCCCUUCUUUACUCUCCUUCACCCCAUCUUCCCCCUCCCUCCCUUAUCACAAUGUCGAGCAGCAACACCCAGGCCCCUUUGCCCUUCGGGUACCAGUUCGUCGCCGGUGCGAUCGCCGGUGUGUCUGAGAUUCUGGUUAUGUACCCAUUGGAUGUUGUUAAGACCCGAGUCCAGCUUCAGACGGGCGCUGGUGUCGGCGAGGAGUCCUACAAUGGCAUGUUUGACUGCUUCCGCAAGAUCAUUCGCAAUGAGGGUGCCUCCCGCCUCUACCGCGGCAUCUCCGCCCCCAUCCUAAUGGAGGCGCCCAAGCGCGCGACCAAAUUCGCUGCCAACGAUUCCUGGGGCGCCUUCUACCGCAACCUCUUCGGCGUGGAAAAGCAAAACCAGUCGCUCGCCAUCCUGACCGGUGCAACCGCCGGUGCAACCGAAUCCUUCGUCGUCGUCCCCUUCGAGCUUGUCAAGAUUCGCCUGCAGGACCGUGCUUCAGCCGGCAAAUACAACGGCAUGCUGGAUGUUGUGCGCAAGAUCAUCGCUGCCGAGGGGCCACUUGCGCUCUAUAACGGUCUUGAAAGUACAUUGUGGCGCCACAUCCUCUGGAACUCCGGCUAUUUCGGGUGCAUUUUCCAGGUGCGCGCGCAGAUGCCGAAGCCUGAGCCUGGGAACAAGACGCAACAGACGCGGAACGAUCUGAUUGCUGGUUCGAUCGGCGGAACGGCCGGUACGAUCCUGAACACGCCCAUGGACGUUGUCAAGUCGCGUAUCCAGAAUAGCCCUAAAAUCGCGGGGCAGACGCCCAAGUACAACUGGGCUUGGCCGGCUGUGGGGACAGUGAUGAAGGAGGAAGGUUUUGGCGCGCUAUACAAGGGAUUCAUGCCUAAGGUGCUGCGGUUGGGUCCGGGUGGUGGUAUCCUGCUUGUUGUGUUUACGGGAGUGAUGGACUUCUUCAGGAAGAUGAGGGGGGAGACUGCUUGAUUCUGUGCUUCAACCGCUGUUUAAAAAAUGUUUGUUUUCGUUCUGAUCGCUUUCGCUUGUUUAUGUUGAUGAGAUGGAUUGGACAUGCAGGAUUUAGAUGGUUCCUAGAAUGUGCCAUAGAAGAUAUACUGCAAUGUAACAGCAUGCGCGGGUCUCAUAAUUGGGGGUUCCCACCGUUCCAAAAUGAGUGACCAGUUCUGGACAAGGAACGGCGUGAUUGCCCGUCGACUCCCAAGGCUCCGACAUGUAGCUGUAUAAGCG